GCAAAAUGUCGGGACGUUGGGCGUAUUUAGGCCUAAUUCUAGUUGCAUUGUGGAUUUGUUUAAAACCAGACUCUGUGUCAGGAGCGUGUCCACCAGGAAAUUAUGGGGUGGAAUGUGGGUACACGUGCCACUGUAACCUAUCCAGAUGUGAUGAGGUCACAGGGUGUAUCGGUAAUACCUGCAACAGACCAUGGUUUGGACCAAGAUGCAGAACAGAAAAUGUGGCUAUGUUCAAAACUGCAUACCUGAAUUCAUACUCUACGGGCAUCCUGACGAAUUCGUCCCAGCUUGCUGUAGAUGGCAAUAAUAAAACCGAUAUGUCAAACCAGUGCAUACCGACUGACCGAGAUAACUUCACCUGGUGGAAAGUAGACUUUGGGAGAAAUGUCUUCGUACACAAAUUAGCUAUUUUCUACCGCGCUGACUAUUGUGAUUAUGUGCAUUAUGGUGUGAACUGUAAAUCGAUAUGUGCACAGAGACACUGUAAAGGCGACCAGUUUUGUGACUUUAAAUUCGGAAACUGCAAAGACGGGUGUCUGCUAGGGUGGAAAGGACGCAACUGCAAUGAAAGCUGUGAUCCCGAUCACUAUGGUUACGGAUGCAGUAAACAAUGUUCCAAAAGACACUGUGACGAAACAGUUGGUAUAUCAUCAUGUGACGCCACAGGAUCAUGUGACAGGGGCUGUAUACCAGGAUGGACGGGAACCGACUGUCUGGAAAAAUGUUCAUAUGGUCAAUAUGGACAAGGCUGUAGAAAACUGUGUGCGAACCGGAUGUGUCAGGAUAGUUCCGGUUCAUCCUGUCACCACGUGACUGGAAAGUGUAUCGGCGGCUGUAGUCCAGGAUAUCAGACUGUGGAUUGUACAGAGCUUUGUAAUGUCGGUUUGUAUGGCAGAGAUUGUGCAUUGGACUGUAACAAGAGACAGUGCAAAAAUAGAACAGCCAGUUGUAAUCAUGUUGACGGAUCGUGUGGAGGGGAGUGUCAGGACGAUUACAUAGGCAUCGACUGUACAGGGUGUGACGGAAAAUAUGGCCCAGGAUGCAGUUCGUCAUGCAGUGUCAGACACUGUAGAGUUGCUGGCGCCCCAUGUGAUCACGUGACUGGUUCAUGUGAUGGACCAUGUGAUGCUGGCUGGCAAGGAGAAACCUGCACUGACAAAUGUGACACUGGUAAAUACGGAGAGGAGUGUGCCAAGGCUUGCGCUGCCAGACACUGCAGCAAUAGAGAUGUCUGUCCUCUUGAAGAUGGGGAGUGUGUAGGUGGAUGUAUCUCUGGAUUUCAGGGACUAGACUGUUUACAAGAUAUUUCAAGCAAACGAGACUCCACAAAAGAUACGGAUUAUAUUAUCGCUGCGCUUGCUGUUGCUGCUGGACUAUUUUGUAUUCUGUUUAUCACCGUUACCUGUAUCCUUCUGUGGUAUGUUCGAAGACACAGAACGAAGUCAGCGUCCUGUAAGCAAAACACGACCUCAACAAACAACGGUCCGUCAAACCAAGUUAUAGAUACCACUGAUGUAGAAUAUGAUGUAGUCGAUGAACAAAAUGGUGAUCGCAGUAGUCCUAGAUCUCAGCAUGAAAACACGACACACCAUGCUAUUCACGUCAAUUCCUCCACGUCUCGUGACGGAAUAGAAAGUCACCCACGUGGUUAUGAUAGUGGGAGUGGCUAUGUUAAUGCAGACCAAUCGAAUGAAUAUCUCGACUUAUUGGACUUGCCACAGAACCAAUAUGAAAAGAUAACAGGCGUAGAUAAACACGAAUAGCAUGCUGUGUAAAUGUACAGAAUAAUAGGUGUACGGGCUUCCAUUUGUGUUGGGGCAGUCUGGUUUUUGCCCGAAUUAAACGAAAAAGUCCGAAUUAAACGAAAAUGCCCGAAUCUGGAUACUAACAUUUAUUCAUAUUAUCAUUACUACAAAACAGCUAUAUAGGGUUGCAAACGAAUUGUUAUGAUUACAACUACUUUUGCCGGUACAAUUAUGGAAAUAAAUGGUAAAAAGGUCUCAGGUUAGCACAUUUUGCCUCAAUAUCUCUAUAAUUUUUGCCUGAAUUUGAGGUAUUGCUCCCGCACUAGAAGGAAAGUUUCUCACCGCCUGCCUCGUACGCGUAUGUACAGAUUAAUAAAUAUGAAUACAAUAUUGAUAUUUAACAGGGGAGACAAUUUGAUUAAAAUGUACGAGAUAUUCCCCUUUAUCGCGGCGGAACCUAGUUCAGUCGGUAGUGCCCUAGUCUAAGGUUAUUGGAUCGUAGGAUCAAACCUCCUUAGGUGCACGAACUGGGUUUGUUCCCGUUCUAACCAGUGUCCCAUGUGCUAUUCUGUCUGUAAAAAAGUGAAUAUAAAAUAUCACUUGCUGCUAAUGGCAAAAUGUAGCGGGCUUUCUUUGAAGCUUGUGUCAGAAAUACGAAACAAAAGUUUGUUUUGUUUAACCACAUCACUAGAGCAUAUGGAUUUAUUAAUCAUCGACUAUUGGAUGUCAAACAUUUGGUAAUUUUGACAUAUAGUCUUAGAGACGAAACCCGCUACAUCUUUUUCCAUUAGCAUGGGAUCUUUUAUAUGCACCACCCCACACAGGAUAGCAAACACCACGUCAUUUGAUAUACCAGUCGCGAUGCACUGGCUGGAACGAGAGCCAACCUACGGUGAUCUAUCACAAACCGGCCGCGCUUCAAGAGAGCGAUUUAUCACUGGGGUACGUCCCACCCCGUAGAAAUAACAAGGACCAGUUUGUCUUAAGCACUGUAAAUGUAUGUAGUUAAAUGUCUGUAACAUAUAAACCGGGUUUGAUCUAUCUUAAUAGAUUUAGCACGAUGUUUGUGAUAUUAAAUCAUUGAAUUUUGAUCACAACACGUUACAUUAAAGGAACUCUCCCGAGUUUGUAGUCAAUUUAAAAGGUUUUCGCCGAAUAAAAUAUGUUUUACAUUAUUAAAAUUAAAAUGUUCUUGUUCAAUAUAUUUCUGAACAUGUUUUCUGGAAUCGUUUCGUAGAUAGGAAUUUAUUAUUUCUUCUAACGGGCAAACGACAUAUGAAAUAAUUUGGUCAAAUGUGCUUCAAAAUGUAUUUAUUCGUAUAAUGUUUUAUAUUAAAAAUAUGCUAAGGUAAGAUAGUGGGUUUUUUUUUAAAAGAUGGAUGCGUGUUUAUUUUGUUGAGGGAACAAACGGAAGUCUUGUUAGGGGUGAAAACUCAGGAACAUCCCAUUUAAUAACUCUUUAUUAUCUACACAUGUAUGCAUUUUUAUACAACUGCUAACCGCAGUGAAAAAACAAGAUAUUACUGAAAAAACAACAACAUAUUUUAAAAAUAAAUCUGCAAUGUCAAAAUGCUAUAGAAUAUAUCUUUUGAGAUUUUGCUUCCUUUUACGAACUGUUCAUUUUGCAUGCUUGGUCUUUUUCCAUGUCAAUUAAAUAUUAGUGAAA